UGCGUAUUGCAGAAACGUAGUUUUGCCUAAUGUCGUCUUCACCCCGUGUUUCGAAUAGGCCGUGUCCCCAUUUGCCACGGAAUCACUCUUUUCCUUGCUAAACACUCAAUCCUUGCCUGUGUUGGAUGGUAUAUAUACAAUACCCGCCAGAGAUCACCAUCCAAGCACCAACACCAGCAAAAUGAUUUCCAAGCUGUCCCUCCCCCUGUUCCUGCUCACCCUGAGGGCAACCGCCCAAUCCACAACCCCAACAACAACCGCCCCCCUCCCCACCCUCUCCCCAGACUGGUUCUUCAUCCGCGCCGUCGAAGAGCCCAACUACCACAGCUACCUUCAAUCCUCCCCAACCGAAACCCCGGGCAUCGCAGUCCUAGACGCAAACACCAAAGCGGGCCAAUUCAACAUCAUCUCCGGGCAGCUCGUCUACCAGCUCUCCGGAAAUGGGUCGUUGUAUAUGAACGUCGAGAACCCCGCCGACAAGACGCAGCGCAAGCUCACGACAUCGUUUAAUAAAACUGAGAAUGCGUAUGGCGAGUUCGCGUUCCAGGGGGAUACAGUGACGUGGAGCGUGGAGGAUAUUGACCGUCCUAAUACCGGGGCUUGGCUGGUUUGUGAGAAGCAGCAGCUGUUUAUUAACACUGGGUCUUAUGGGUAUGAGACACCGGAGGGGUGUUCGGAUGCGACGAUCCAUUCGUAUGGAGGGUCCACCCCGGAUGUGUAGUGUCUAGUAUAGGAUAUCAAUGGAAUAUAAGUUUUGCUGUCUAUUUUUAUAAAGAUGACUUCCACCCUCCCUCUUCCUCAAACACCUUCCCAACCGCCUCAGCAACAUUCAGUAGAUGCUGGUCAUGGUAUCUAGCUGCGACUAGGGUCAGACCUAUAGGCAUUCCAUUCUCGCCCCCGAAGCCAGGAACAGUCACAACAGGGACAUGCAGUGCCGUCCAGAUCCGAUUAAACACCGCACUCCCCGUAC